UUUGGGCCACUCCACAAAUUUCAUCUACACACGUACCGGACCCCUUAAACGACCGACGACGCACGCCAAUCAACAACGGAAGUCGCCACGAAUAUUUUGGGAUCGAUGUUAGACGGGACUUCCUAAAAUUAGUGAUCAAUUUCGAUUGAAUUGAAAGUUCGGUGGGAAAGUGGGCGCCUUACAUCACCGGCGCUUUAUGUAAUUCCGCUACCAUAGAACAUCGCAGUGCCCGACUCGCGGACGGUGCUGACCUUAGUUUUCUUCGAGACGUCGCGGUGGUGAGCGGUCAUCAAUCAGUCGCAUUUCUGUGUUCGUCCGAGCCAAACCUAAUUUUAUUCUAUUAGGUCAGGAUAAGUUAAAAUUAGCGUUUUGACGGCCGCGGUUUUAUUAACGUUAAUAGACAGUGGGUUUUUUGGUGAAGUGGUUUACCGAAGUUUAUAAGUUAGCAAGAGACAAUGAGUAAAAAUUCAUCUUCAGCUCCUCCACCGUACGGUCCUCCGCCAGCUGCACCCCCAACUUAUGCGCAGGCUGUUGGUGGUGUCCCCCCGACUAGUCCAUACAUACCCAAUCAUAAAAUACUGAAUCAUGGGCCUGAAAUUUUAACGACGGUUGUGCCGGUUGGAUCGAAUGCCACUCACAUGAUAUGUCCGCAUUGUCAUGUGGAAAUCGACACGACAACCAAAACCAAACCAGGAUUAAUAGCCUACUUAGCUGGCGCCCUAAUCUGUCUCAUUGGAUGUCCCCUUGGUUGCUGUCUGAUUCCCUGCUGCAUAGACAAGUGCAUGGACGUUGAGCACAUCUGUCCAAAUUGUCGAUCAUAUCUCGGAACCUAUAAGAGAUAAGUCCCCAACCCACGGAUUUAUGAAGAAAAUCAUCACAUCUUUAUUGUAGAUUUAAGAAUUUAUAUUUUCUUAAUGUUGAAUGAAGAGACCACGAUCGAUUUUAUCUGAAGUCUACUAAAUAAAUGGUGCAUUUCUGUAAACGGAAAUGCUACUAAUUGUUUUAUCGAAUUUAAAUUUAUAAACUAAUUUAAUUAACUAUUUAUUGUUCAAUAAUAAUGUAAUGCCACAACUUCGUUCUUCCACUACAGCAAUGCAAUAACGAAUGGAAAUUUAAAUUCAUAUUUUGAAUGACAUUCCUUUCAAACAAUUUUUUAAAAUAUGAAUUUACAAUAUUAAUUUAGUAUGCUUUAUGUAUGUAUUCCGAUUUUUAGGUUUUGUAAUUUGUAACACUCGUAGUGUGUUUCUGUAUAGAUUUUAGCAAUUCAAGCUUCUUCUUCAUUAAUAUAUACUUGUGAACAUAUCGUAUUAGAGAACUGGCGUUGAUCAAUAUAUCUAUAUAUUUUAUACAAUGUUAUUGCUUACGAAUUAAAAAGUAAUAUACAUUC